AUGUCAAUACUUAGUGUUGCUGGUGUUUGGCUCAUCAAGUUCAACUUUCUCUUGUUCUUCUAUAAGCUCGGCAGCCACAUCGCGAGGUAUCGAACCUGGUGGUGGAUCGGCUUUGUCUUCAAUAUUGCCUGCGGCGCAGGCUGUUUCGGGCUCUUCCAAUAUCCAUGCAUUUUCGGCAGUGUCGAGAUGCUGUUCGUCAAGUGCGCUGCAGCUUCUAACAUUCGGAAGUCAUACAUUCAUGUCACCUUCACCACGGUCCUUGACGUUGUGUCCGAUGUCGCCGGUGAGUCAGUUCUCUGCUUCCCCGCCCACAUUCUCUGGACAGUCAAGAUCACUUUGCGGAAGAAACUCCUUCUCUCAGCAGUCUUUGGCGUGGUCGGGUUCACGAUCGCUACUGCCAUUGUCCGGGGCAGUAUGUUCUCUCAAUUCACCAGCGCGAAUGGGGAUACUCAAAUGAACAUCACGUGGAUUACUUUCUGGUUUUACGUCGAGUUCACUGUUUCCUAUUUAAUCGCAUGCAUCGUCUCGUUCCGAUCACUCUUUGUCCGCAAUGAACAGCAGUCUGAUGCAAGAGAUGCGGCGCACAUGCGCCAGCAGUCCGAGGAGCGCAGGAGACGAGGCCUCAAGGAGAGGAUGCGCAUGCUCCACGACUCGGUCUUGGAUACGUGCCGCAGCUUGGAGGGCCACUGGGACGACUCCAACGAGUCUCUCUUGCGUACACUCCAAGUGCCCAAGCCGCCUUCGGGAAGAUUGAGUGUUGAUUUUUCGACGCACGCCGGAAGCUCUUUUGACCAGAGAGUCUCUAAAGAGUCGAGCAACCAGUCUCAGGUGUAA